UCGUUUAUUAGUAUAUCUUGCUCCCAUACUCUUGUUUGCUCUACACAUCCAGGGAAAAAAUAUCUUCUCGAUGAAAAACAUGGAAGAAAAUAGCGAGGAAAACAGUCGGAAAAUGGAUAAACAGUUUUCUAACUUAGAGAACCAUGAAAAGAAGGUGUUCAACAUCAAACCCGCUAAUAACGCUCACAUUCGAUUCUCUUACUACCUUCCUAAGGGGAAAAAUCUUUCGACUUCCACUGGCAAGAAGAGAAAGGAAUCCGAGUAUUUUCUUAAUUUUGUUUUUAACAAUAAUCGAAAACCCAAAAUGGCGCUGGAUCGAAAAACCAUCUCCAAUAAACUGAAAAUGCGACGAACUGGUAGACGAUUUCUGCCCAAUGGAAUGCCCAAUCCUUAUAAAUAUUUUCCGCUAAAAGGCGAAGAUAUGUAAAUAUAAAAAUCACUAUCUAUUGUUUGGUUUACUUUCUCAACCAGCCCUAAAUGUUUACUCACUGAUAAUAAAAAUAACUUUAUACUACUUAUUCAUUAAC